AUGUCCAACGAGAGCGACGCCAUCGUGAACGAAACGGCCACCGACAUGCUGCUGCAGAUGGCCGCUUCAGCCUACAGUCUGCCCGCCAAGGUGGCCAUCGGUCUGGCGGCAUCAACCGUGAUGGUCAUGAUCAUCGUAGGAAACAUACUGGUAUGCAUAGCUGUCGUCACCGAGCGGAAGUUACGUCAUCCGCAGAACUGGUUUCUGGUUUCAUUGGCGGCUAGUGACCUCCUGGUGGGUACGCUGAUCAUGCCGUUCGCGCUGGCAUAUGAGCUGCUGGGUACCUGGACGUUCGGGUCGGUGUGGUGUGAGAUCUGGCUGGCCAUGGACGUGUUCGCCUGCACCGCCUCCAUCUUCAACCUGUGCCUGAUCGCCCUGGAGCGCUACCGCUGUGUGGUCAACCCAACCGCCUACAGCAGCCCCACUAUCAACCGCCGUCAGGGGUUCCUGAUCGCAGGAGCGUACAUCACCGCGGCCGCCAUCUCUGUCCCGCCGCUGUUCGGCUGGGAGGAGCCCCACGAGCAGCACGGCGCCGUCCCGGUCUGCCCCCUGCACCAGUCCCUCGGCUACGUCGCCUUCUCGGCCACGGCGAGCUUCUACAUCCCGCUUAUCGUCAUGGUGGUGGCUUACAUCUGUCUGAUCGUGGCCACGCGGGCGCACCUCCGGAAGAAGAAGAUGACCGUCUGCCCGCCGGCAACUCCCGUAGCGUCUCGGCAAAGAACACCCUUGGUGACCCCGAAGAUGAUGAUAAAGAAGAAGAAGACGGCUGAUGUCACAAACGCCAAGAACGUCAAACAUCUGAAGCCACCGCAAAUGAUCCGUAUGCAGCAAUUCGACGCGCCGGCACAACAGCUCGCCGUCAGCCCGAUGUGUGCUAUCGAGACGGAAGACAGCUCCCUCCAGGCACAGGCACAGAGCAACUGCAUCAAAGUUCUGCAGCGAGUCGGCACCAAACUGGAGCUGCAGUUCGACAGGAACCGCAAGGAGGAGUGCAGCCCCGGGCAGGAGAGGCUGAAGAUACUACAGUCUAAGGAGCGGCGCUUCACACUGAUCAUCGGGCUCGUCAUGGGGGCGUUCAUCGUGUGCUGGUACCCGUUCUUCCAGCUCUACCCCAUCGUGGUCGCCUGCAAGUCGUGCAGAGUGCCUGACGUUGUCUUCAAGUUCUGCUUCUGGAUAGGGUACUGCAACAGCGCUGCCAAUCCCGUCAUCUACACCAUCUUCAACAAGGACUUCAGGAACGCCUUUCUCAGGAUCAUCACAUGCGGCCUCCGCAACAGUCGUAAACAGGGUAAAAGGUAAAGGUAGUCCCUUAGCCUUUGAGGCCGUAGGGGCAGUGGGCUUUUCAUCCACUGCUUCUAAGGGCACGGUAUUGAAAGGCAGAGCUCAUCCCUGUCCUUUUAUCGCCUUCUACCUCCCCAACCGAAGUCAGGUUCUCUUUCUUAAAUUUGCACCUGGGCAGAGUAAGAAAAGUUGUGCGAAGUGCCUUUACCAAGAGCACAAGGUCGAUGACAUGGCAGCUGUAUUCGAACAGAGGACCUCUGGGUUCUGGCCCCCAUACACCGUACCGUUACGCGUCACAUGGCAGAUACUCAAAUUAAAAAGAAAGGCGAGCAAAGACGGCAGGGGAAGUCUGCUGGUCUGUUACCCACUCAAUCAACGGGACAUGACUAUCAUUAACAACCGGUCAGUAGGACAGACUUGAGCGGCAUUGCAAUGAUACAUACCGGCUAUUUCGUGAUAUCUUACACGAAACAUCUGCCAACAGAUAUGCAGGUCAUACA